AUGAGCGGUCAGGGAAUCGGUCUUAGACGGCUGUCUCUGGUUGUGCUAUGGCAGUGGGCUGCUCUCAGCCUGUGGCUCUGCUGCUGGACCAAGGCAGCAGCAGCAGCAACGGCGGGGGCCGGAGCCCCCGCUGGACCCAAUGACGGUGUCUCCGGCUCCCUGGGAUGGUUGCUGUCGGAUAAAGGGCCCUUCCACCAAUCUCUGGAGUUCACAGAGUCGGUAGAAAGAUACCAGCAAGGCUUUAGCACCAGAUACAAGAUCUACAGGGAGUUUGGUCGAUGGAAGGUCAACAGUCUGGCAGUAGAGAGGCGGGAAAGCUUUCGUGGCAACAGUGGCCUGGCUUUGCCCCUUGACCCCGACUUCACGCGCACCAUUCGCCAGCUAGGGAGGCGGCCAAGCCCCCAGGCAAUCACGGAGAGCAUAAUCAAGAAAUACGGGACCCACCUCCUUCUCUCAGCUACUCUAGGAGGGGAGGAGUCUUUGACGAUUUUUGUGGACAAAAGAAAGCUGAGCCAGGAGUCUUCUUCCCCGGGAGCUGAAGUCAGCAGUAGCGGUAAGAGCAACUUAAAUGGUACGGGGCCAGUGACCCUGGAGGCCCUCCACCAGCUGGCGGCUUCCUACUUCAUUGACAGGGAGACUACUCUGAGGAGGCUCCACCACCUCCAGAUCGCGUCGACGGCCAUACGGGUGACGGAGACCAGAACUGGACCGCUUGGAUGCAGUAACUAUGACAACCUGGACACCGUCAGCUCCGUGCUGGUUCACAGUCCAGAGAACAAGGUUCAGCUCCAAGGGCUACAAGUCAUCCUGCCAGCCUACUUACAUAGCCGCUUUGUACAAGCUGCCCUCAACUACAUCGGCUGUAAAUCUGAGGGCCAGUUUGUGUGCCAGAUGGGUGACUGCUGGUGCCAGUGUGGCCCUGCGUUCCCCCAGUGUAACUGUCCUCAUACCGACCUGCAAGCUUUGGAGAACAGCCUCGUGCGAAUUAGAGAAAGCUGGCGACUAACCAACAAGGACUUUGAGGAAUCUGAGGAGUUCCAAAACUUCGUUGAGACACUGCCAACCCAUUACGAUGUAAACACAUCUGUCGUGGAGCACUUGUGGAAGCUGGAUGCCAACCUGCUUCAGCGCUACCGGCAGCUUGAGACCAGUAGCAACCAGUUAUUCACCAAGGCCCGCCGCACUGCUAACAAGCUCUUCAGCCUGAGCAAGAGAUGCCGAACGCAGCCCAAAAUAGUCCUGCAGAGGGAGAGGCCUCAGCGCCACUGGUUGAACUAUGUCCUGUCCAUCCUGUACUGCAGCGAGAACAAUCAGAUCGGUGUGUACAAUGAGGGGAGCCGUAGCUGCUCCUGUCCCUACCACCAACCUGUCUGUCAGGGUCUCAUACCCUGCUCUGUGGGCGACGGCCCCCGCUGUGCCUCCUGCUCAGCAGAGAACCACACGCGCUGCUCCAGCUGCAACCCGGGCUUCACCCUGACCCAAGGAACCUGUCGGCCUACCGUGCCCGACCCCACCGAGCCCUACCUGGGCUUGGAGAGUGACCGUGACCUGCAGGACCUGGAGCUGCGCUAUCUCCUGCAACGACGUGAACCACGCAUCACCCUGCACGCUGUGUUUGUCAGCAAUGAUGUACGUCUGAACACCUGGUUUGACCCGUCUUGGAGAAAAAGGAUGCUGCUCACGCUGAAGAGUAACAGAGUGAAGUCCAACCGUGUUCACAUGCUCCUCGGUUUGUCCCUUCAGGUGUGCCUCACUAAAAACAGCACUCUGGACCCCGCGUUUUCCCUGUUUGUGAAUCCCUUUGGAGGCAGUCAUUCAGAGAGCUGGACAAUGCCCAUAGGACAGCACGGAUACCCUGACUGGGAGAGGACCAAGCUGGAUAUCCCUUUGGACUGCUAUAACUGGACAUUAACUCUGGGAAACAGAUGGAAGAGUUUUUUUGAGACUGUUCAUUUCUACCUAAGGAGCCGUAUCAGGGAUCCUGGGGUAGUGAUGGGAGGAAACAGAAAUGGCUCAGUGUAUUAUGAGCCUCUGGAGGCGACAGAGCCCUCCAACAACAUCGCAUACAUGAAAGUCAACAACAUGCAGCUUUUUGGAUACAGCAUGCACUUUGACCCAGAGGCAAUCCAGGACCUGAUUUUGCAGAUAGACUAUCCAUACACUCAGGGAUCACAGGAUUCGGCCUUGCUGCAGCUGGUGGAGUUGCGCUACAGGAUCAACCGCCUCUCGCCUCCAGGGGCUCAGCACAUGGACCUAUUUGCCUGUCUUCUCCGCCAUAGACUCAAACUGUCCAGCGCAGACGUGACCAGGAUACUCACCGCCCUGCAAGCUUUUAGUGCCAGGCAGCCAAAAUAUGAGGAAUAUGAGGCAACCAAACUUUGUAGCUAAUCAGCAGCGAGGCUUCUGUGUAAUGUUCUGUGUUGAUUCUUUGCCACUGACAAUGGUGUCUCAAAACCUGUACCUUUUGUCACCUGGUUCCAUUUGUGUCAAGUGUAUGCUGUUUAAGACUUUGUUGUACAACUGUGCAAUUAAAAUUGAUGU